GACCGAGGAGACAGGAGAGGACAGCAGUACAAAAGCAGCCUCGGAUCUUGCCGGCGCUGCAAGCGUUAAGGGGAGGCGGGGAGUGACGCGAUUUGCGUCUGAAGCGGCUCCUUGGAGUCCACAGCAUCCACCGCCGGAGCCUCGCCUUCCUUUCUCCCUCUGCAGACAUAUCGAGACACAAAAAGAGAGGCAACCCCUAGAUCCGCGCGAGGGACCCAGCGGCAGCAUGACCGAGACCACCAAGACCCACGUUAUCCUGCUGGCCUGCGGCAGCUUCAAUCCCAUCACCAAAGGGCACAUUCAGAUGUUUGAAAGAGCCAGGGAUUAUCUGCACAAGACUGGAAGGUUUAUCGUGAUUGGUGGGAUUGUCUCCCCUGUCCACGACUCCUACGGAAAACAGGGCCUGGUGUCCAGCCGGCACCGUCUCAUCAUGUGUCAGCUGGCCGUCCAGAAUUCCGAUUGGAUCAGGGUGGACCCAUGGGAAUGCUACCAAGACACGUGGCAGACGACCUGCAGUGUGCUGGAACACCAUCGGGACCUCAUGAAGAGGGUGACGGGCUGCAUCCUCUCCAACGUCAACACACCUUCCAUGACACCUGUGAUCGGACAGACCCAGAAUGAGACCCCCCAGCCCAUCUACCAGAACAACAACGUGCCCACCAAGCCCACUGCAGCCAAGAUCUUGGGAAAGGUGGGAGAGAGCCUCAGCCGGAUCUGCUGUGUGCGCCCACCAGUGGAGCGCUUCACUUUUGUAGAUGAGAAUGCCAAUCUGGGCACAGUGAUGCGGUACGAGGAGAUCGAGCUGCGGAUCCUGCUGCUGUGUGGCAGUGACCUGCUGGAGUCCUUCUGCAUCCCAGGCCUCUGGAACGAAGCCGAUAUGGAGGUGAUUGUUGGGGACUUUGGGAUUGUGGUGGUGCCACGGGAUGCAGCCGACACAGACCGAAUCAUGAAUCACUCCUCCAUACUCCGCAAGUACAAAAACAACAUCAUGGUGGUGAAGGAUGACGUCAACCAUCCCAUGUCUGUGGUCAGCUCCACCAAGAGCAGGUUGGCCCUGCAGCAUGGGGAUGGCCAUGUCGUGGAUUACCUGUCCCAGCCGGUCAUCGACUACAUCCUCAAGAGCCAGCUGUACAUCAAUGCCUCUGGCUAGCAGUCACACAGCCCUCUGCUCCACUCUUCCCUUGUCCUCUGCCAACACACUGGCCCCACUGGUCUCUGUCAGUCCCCUGUUUCUCUCCUGCCUCUCUGUUUCUCCAUCUCCUCAUCUUGACUGUUCUCCCCACUCGCUGACUUAACCCCCACAGUGUGGGGGACCUGCA